UAUUCAUAAUGCAUUUUAUAAUGUAAUAAUUACAAAUCCAACAUUAAUACAAUUUCAUAAAAGUGGCGGGAAAUUAACAUGAUGAUAAUUUUUAUGAUAAAGAUACGUAAAACUAUAAUUCUUGAUAGAUGGUAGCACUGUUUUAGUUCAUUAAACGCCACUGUGGCUAAAAAGCGCUGUAAGUUAUUCUGGAUUUUUGGAAACUUCCGUCUUCACUUGAUAAGCCCUCGUUCGGCAUCCUGUAUAUCUUAAUUCGUGCUCCAGAUAUUAAAAUUAGGUCGUCUUUGCCCAAAUUUGUAAAUUCGAAAUCUACCAUUGCGAAUUUAGGUAUUUCACUGGAAUUGUAUUAUUAAGUAAAAAUAUUGUUGGUGUAUAUCGACGGGAAAAAAAAUGAAGAAGAAGAAAUACAUUUUGAAGUGAUGUAGAAUUAUUUUCUAAUUUUGUAACGUUCGUAUAUCAAAAUGUCUGCUGGUUCCGUUGCUAACUCAAUGUUACCUUUUAAAUAUAAACAUAGUGAUUCUGGUAAAGGUCGAUUCAUUUUUGACAUGGCAUGUGAAAACUUAAUCCUUGCUGGAUGCAACAUUUAUAUUACAAUUGCUUACAUGUAUACCAAUACCACGAACCUCAUUAACAUAACGCCAAAGAGAGCCCACGUAUGCGUAUACUCUUCUCACAGCGAUUGCUGCAUUCAUUCAACUUCGUAUGUGCAUGUGAAUAAUUGUCAAAAUGUUUUUGGAAAUAUUAUUUAUUUUUUAUUUAGUCAUUCAUACUUCAAUACAAUGUAUGCCAUAUUACUAUUAUUAUUAGACCUUGACUUGAUGUUCUUAUAUUGCAUUCUUUAUUUAUUUUUUUUGUAAUUGGAGUUUUGUUACUAUCUAGA